AUGUGCAGCACAGUAAAGGCGUCGUCAUCGUCGUCGUCAUCCCGCUACACUUUCGACCUCACUGGAGAAGAAAAGCAGGACUACGACAAGUUAGUCCAAGCAUUCGAGGUUUACUGCUUACCUCAGAGCAACGAGACGUUCGAGCGCUACGUGUUCCGGAGCCGCACGCCGACCGAAGGUGAGCCUUUCGAGCAGUUCUAUCGGGACCUGCAACUGAAAUCGAAGAGCUGCAACUUUGAGAACCUCCGGGAGUCGAUGCUGCGUGACCAAAUAGUGUACGGCACAUCUAGUAAAGCGUUGAGAGAAAAGCUUCUAGCCAAAAAAGACUUGACGCUCAGCACAGCUGUUGAGUCGGCCAAGGCUGAGGAAAUCGCUGCCGCACAAACCAAAGCGUGGAGUGAAACCAAGAGCGUAGACGCAGUGACGCAAGACAAAAAGAAGUACCAGCAACACAGGAAGGACUCGCUAGGGCACAGCAAAGAGAGACAUCAAGGAAAGAAAUGCGGCUACUGCGACCGCUCGCAUAGGCCUCGAGAGUGUCCAGCAUAUGGGAAAUAUUGUGCUAGAUGCGGAAAGCAGAAUCAUUUCGCAGUUUGCUGCAAAGCAAGAGCAACGCAUGUGAACGACAUCGCCGAGCGGGAUGACGACGACGAUGACGACGCCUUUACUGUGCUGCACAUAUCUACGGCACGUAAGAAAGCGAGCAUGGCCGAUCGGCGCGACUGGGAGGUUGCGACUCAGAUUUCGGGACGAGAAGUGCGGCUGAAAGUAGACACCGGCGCGCAGGCCAACCUGCUGCCGCGCGGUGUGUUUGACGCCCUGGGAACCAAGUGCCAACCGCAGCCGGCCCGAGCAGUACUGCGCAGCUACGGCGGUGAUGAAAUAGUGCAUAUGGGGAAGGUAUGCCUCCCAGUUCAGAUUGGAGAAGACACCAAGAUAGUGGAAUUCUUUGUUGUGAAGAAAGGUCGGCAGGCGAUCUUAGGACUGCACGCUUGCGAGCAGUUUGGUCUCGUGAACAGAAUUAGAGCAGUCAACAAGGAUGACUUAUCCGAGUGCAUUCGCAGAGAGUAUCCGAAGUUGUUUACGGGCAUCGGACUACUAAAGCGAGAAUACAGUAUGGCGCUCCAAGACGGCGCCCGCCCAGUCGUCGAGCCGGCGCGGCGUGUACCUCACGCAAUUCGACCCCGGUUGAAAGAGGAACUUGAUCGUUUGGAGGCAGCGGGGAUCAUAGCCAGGGUGCGGGAGCCUUCUGACUGGGUAAGCCCACUUGUUAUUGCUCGAAAGAAGAACGGUCAGCUUCGGGUCUGCAUGGAUCCCAGAAAAGUGAAUGAGGUUUUGAAGACAGAACACUUUCAACUUCCACGCAGAGAAGAGAUUGAAAGCGAACUGGCAGGGGCGAAAUAUUUCAGCUCGCUUGAUGCCAACAGCGGUUUCCACCAAAUACCUCUUGAUGAAAAGUCCUCGCGCAUCUGCACAUUCAGCAGCCCAUUUGGCCGUUACCGGUUCCUAAGGCUGCCCUUUGGCAUCGCGUCGGCUCCAGAGAUAUUUCAAAGAACAAUGAUCGAGAUUUUUGACGGGCUACCUGGAGUACGCAUCUACAUCGAUGACAUUUUAAUUUGGGGUGCCUCAUGGGAAGAGCACCAAGAAAGAUUGCACAAUGCCCUGAAAACAGCCAGUGAAGCGGGCCUCACGCUUAAUUGGGAAAAAUGUAAGUUCGGAGUGAAGCAGAUAGACUUCCUUGGAGAUAGAAUAAGUGCGGAAGGCAUCAAACCAAACCCAGAACUGUGGGAGCAGCACUUCUUCAGCAGCAUGGUACCGAGUGGCAACCGGUCGCUAUGCGUCAAGAGUUUUGACCGAAACUGA